AAAUAGUUCAGCCGGUGGAAGUUUUGGAUGAAGUGCGCGUGCGUGUAAAGUUGGCAGUACAACACGCCGCCGAGCCGGUAACUACAGCAUGGAAAGGAAAGUGCUUGCACUCCAGGCGAGGAAGAAAAGGACCAAGCCGAAAAAGCCUGGCAAAAAGCCAGAGCCCCACCCGCGGGGAGCUGCCCAGCCAUCCGACUCCACUCUGCAGGAGCAAGAGGAGGAGAUCCUGGGCUCUGACGAUGAGGAACAGGAGGACCCCAAUGACUACUGCAAGGGCGGUUAUCACCAUGUGAAGAUUGGUGACCUAUACAACGGCCGUUACCAUGUGAUCCGCAAAUUGGGCUGGGGUCAUUUCUCCACGGUGUGGCUGGCAUGGGACAUCCAGGGAAAGCGCUUUGUUGCCAUGAAGGUGGUGAAGAGUGCAGAGCACUACACUGAAACGGCGCUGGAUGAAAUCAAGCUGCUGCGUUCGGUGCGAAACUCAGACCCAAAUGACCCCAGCAGAGAGAAGGUGGUGCAGUUGCUAGAUGACUUCAAGAUUUCAGGCAUCAAUGGCACACAUGUGUGUAUGGUCUUUGAAGUCCUCGGUCACCACCUGCUCAAGUGGAUUAUCAAGUCUAACUACCAGGGUUUGCCCUUGCCCUGUGUUAAAAGCAUCAUUCGGCAGGUUUUACAAGGCCUGGACUACCUGCACACCAAGUGUAAGAUCAUCCACACGGACAUAAAGCCAGAAAAUAUCUUAAUGAAUGUCAAUGAGUCAUACAUCCGGAGGCUGGCGGCUGAGGCCACAGAGUGGCAGAAGUCUGGUGCUCCUCCCCCAUCCGGCUCUGCAGUAAGCACAGCUCCAGCCCCCAAACAGAUGGCAAAGAUGUCUAAGAACAAGAAGAAAAAGCUGAAGAAGAAGCAGAGGCGGCAGGCUGAGCUGCUGGAGAAGCGCAUCCUGGACAUCGAGGGACUGGAGAAGGGGAAUGAAGGGGGUGAGGAUGAGGAGGACGAAGAAGCAGAAACCCCUGACAGCACUCCAUCAGUCCCCAACAGUCACACUCUGCAGGAAAUUGCCGCCGAGGCCACCCUGGAUUCUGUUCCAGACAGCUGGUCUCAGCAUAGAGAAUGUGCCAUGGACGGGAACUGUAACAGUAACAGUCGAGGUCACGAGAACACAGAGACCGCCGAUGUUCAGCAGCAGACGAAAGAUGACACCCCCGUCAACCCUUACGACAGUGGCACAGAGGGGUCAGAUUUGCAGCCUGUUAACCCUUACCCAGCAUGCAACGGCACAACACCAAGCGAGCCCAGCCACCCAUCCCCCGCCGCUGAGGGUAAUGGACCUUUGCUUUGUGACGUGCUUGAGUCGCAGGGCCUUACGGGGCAGCAGAAACAGGAGAGGGGGGACAAAGAGGUGAAACUAAAUGGCUCCGGGUGCGUUAAUGGUCAGGAAGGCCCCACUUCGCAGGAGGCCCCCAAAAAGGACCUGGCCCCUACAUCGGAGGCGGACCCCAGCUUGCCAGCAGGCCCAGAGCAGGAGAGUUUAAAGGACGCUAAGCUUGCAGCAGGUAGCCUGCUUGUCAACCCUCUGGAACCUCUAAAUGCUGACAAGAUCCUGGUUAAAAUCGCCGAUCUGGGCAACGCCUGCUGGGUGCACAAACAUUUCACAGAUGAUAUUCAAACACGGCAGUACCGUUCUCUGGAGGUGCUGAUUGGAGCAGGUUACAGCACACCGGCAGACAUCUGGAGCACUGCGUGCAUGGCAUUUGAGUUGGCGACGGGGGAUUACCUGUUUGAACCUCAUUCUGGAGAGGAUUACUCCAGAGACGAAGAUCACAUUGCACUGAUCAUUGAGCUGUUGGGAAAAGUCCCCCGUAAACUCAUCAUGAAUGGCAAAUAUUCUAAGGAGUUCUUCACUAAGAAAGGUGACCUAAGACACAUCACUAAGCUGAAGCCGUGGGGGCUGCUGGACGUCCUGGUAGAGAAGUAUGAUUGGCCACGCGAGGAAGCUCAAAGUUUCAGCAGUUUCCUCCUGCCUAUGCUGGACCUGAUUCCGGAGAAAAGAGCUACUGCUGCCGAGUGCCUCCGCCACGGCUGGAUCACCUCCUAGUGGCUGAAAGCCUCCAACACACACACAGGCACGCACACCCGCAUACACUUAUACACUUACAGUAAAGACGGGGAAGCACUCUGAAAGCUCUCUCAUAGAUACUCGCGCGUGAUAAAUACUAACAGUCUUAAGUGCCAGGUCUGCUGACGUGGCUAGUAUUUAAAUGUGAGGAGGUCUAAUGAAGCAGAUCUAAUAUCUAUUUAUUUCUCUCUUUUUGUUUGUUUUUUUUUUUACGUAAUGGGUGUAACUUAAGUGAGUUAACCUUCCGUUUUGAUCGUUUCGUUCUUUCUCUUCUCUGUGUGCCAACACGUGUUUAACCAGAAGAUUGUUAUUAUUUGAGGGGUAUAAGAGCCAUUUAAAGGAGUACUUCAGCAGCUUUCAGCCUAAUCUGUAUCUGCUGCAUCUGUAGCAUACGGUUGCACAACAAGGCAGUCGUUUUUGAUGCAGUUCCUUGUAUUUAGAAAAUAACAAUCUUAAAAUAUAUAAUGGACACCAAUGAGAAGCUGCUUCAUCCCCUGCUCAUUGGUUUCUACUAUAAGAGUAUUUGAAGUUGAGUAAACUGGUUUUCUGUUCAGGGUAAGGCACGGAAAUUGCCUGUGGUAAUCACAUACGCUAUAGAUUGGGGUGGGCAGUAUGGCAAAAACAUAUCAUGAUACUUUUAGACAUUUUCUCAAUCCAUCAUACACUUAUAUGCAAAAGUUUGAACUCCCCAGGUCAAAUUACCUUUUGUUGAUGUACUAAGUGAAAAUAAGUGAACACAUCCUCUACCGAUUUCUGUUUAUAUGUUGCGGUUAAAGCUGUAUUAUGCAUUAAAAUUGAAAGAAGUACCAUUACUGAGUCAGGAGGUGUAUGUAUGCUGCUGCGAAUCACCCUGUAAAGCCUGAAAUAGUAAUGUAAAGUCAAAGGGUCAUAUUUCGAGCUUUUCAGUGCUUGCAUGUGUCUUUACAUAUUAACGUCAUGCACAGGCUCAAAAAGAAGGUCUGGCAUGAUAUUUAGGCCUCAAAUGCAAAAUCAAGUAUACUUCAUUAUACUGAUUAAGAUAUGAUGAUGAUGAUGAUAGUCAUCUAUUCACUUACAUUCUCAUAACUUUCAAGCUUUGAAUUCGCUUUGAAUACUCUCACAGCGCACUCACAAUCAUCAAAUUCAUCCGGGGAAGGGGACCAAAGCACAGCCGAUGUUACAAAAUGUUCUUCUGCACAUUGCUGGCAAUUACACAUUUCUAUCAGAGAGGUCUCCACAUCCCCAAAGCUUACAUAACACAGCUUUAACAUAUUUGGAAAAAAUAAAUUAUAAAAUGUGCCGUAACUUUUGGCCACAUUUUUCCCCAAUAUGUUAAAUAAACAGUAU